UUUAAUGUUUUUUUUGAACCCACUCUUCUCAGUUUCAGCAUUUGCAAAGAAACCAAAGACACGGGAGGCAGAGGAGGGUUCAUCUGUGGUCUUUGAAGCAGAGACAGAGAAGUCUGACGUUAAAGUAAAAUGGCAGUGCAACUCAAAGGAUGUUGCCACUGGUGACAAAUAUGUCAUCACAGCUGAUGGAAACAAGCACUCCCUUACUAUAAAAGCAGUCACCAAAGAAGAUGCCACUGUCUAUGCAGUGAUUGCUGGUGGUUCAAAGAUCAAGUUUGAGCUGAGAGUCGUAUCAAAGCCAGAAGCUCCUGCUGAGGCUCCAGCUGAUGGAGCUGGGGAGUCCAACACACAACCAGAGCAGGCCCCUGCUCCACCUGCAGCAGCACCUGGACAAGGAGAAGUUUCUGCUCCAGCACAGGAUGCUUCCCCUGCUGAAGAAGUACAUCCUCCAGACACCAGACAGGACUUGACUGGACUCUUUGCAGAGAAACCUCGGAGUGGAGAGGUCACUGUCGGUGAAAACAUCACAUUUGUGGCUAAAGUGAAUGCUGAGUCACUGCUGAAGAAACCAGCUGUUAAAUGGUUCAAAGGGAAGUGGAUGGACCUCGCCAGUAAGUCUGGAAAACACCUGCAGCUAAAGGAGACAUAUGACCGCAACACCAAGGUGUACACAUUUGAGAUGCAAAUCAUUGCUGCUAAGCCAAACUUUGCAGGAGGUUACAGAUGUGAGGUUUCAUCCAAGGACAAGUUUGACAGCUGCAACUUUGAGUUGACUGUUCAUGAGGCUCGUGCUCCUGAAGGUCUGGACAUAAGAGCAGCUUUUAGGCGCACGAGUGAAGGCGGUAAGAAGAGAAGUGGACCAGGAGCAAGUAGCACAGAUGGAAAUGAAGAUUCAGGGGAGCUGGACUUCAGUGCUUUACUAAAAAAGAGAGACAGUUUCUUUAAAUCCUCAAACCGAGCCAUACAGGUGAAUACGGAGCCUGAUGUGGACGUGUGGGACAUUCUCCGUGGCGCUCCCGCUUCUGAAUAUGAAAAGAUUGCUUUCCAGUAUGGUAUUACAGACCUGAGAGGAAUGCUCAAGAGACUGAAGAAGAUGAAGAAGAAAGAAGAGAAGAAAAGUGAAGCUUUCCUCAAAAAGUUGGACCCAGCCUACCAGGUAACAAAGGGACAUAAGAUAAAACUUGCAGUUGAGGUUGCCAAUGCAGAUGUGGAAGUGAAGUGGCUGAAGAAUGGACAAGAAAUUCAAAAAUCUGGAAGCAAGUAUAUAUUUGAGAGUGUUGGCAAUAUGCGCUACCUGACCAUAAACCACUGCUCUUUGGCGGAUGAUGCAGCUUACACCUGUGUGGUUGGAGAUGAGAAAUGCACCACUGAGCUCUUUGUUAAAGAGCCUCCUGUCACAAUUGUGAAAAAUCUGGAAGAUCAGAUGGUCAUGAAGGGUGAGCGGGUGGAGUUAGAGUGUGAAGUCUCUGAGGACGGAGCCAAUGUUAAAUGGGAGAAAGAUGGAGUGGAACUGACCAGAGAUGAGUCUUUCAAAUAUCGAUUCAAAAAAGAUGGCUGCAAGCAUGUGCUCAUUAUUAACGAGGCCACCAAAGAAGACUGCGGCCACUACAAGGUCAAGACAAAUGGCGGCGAGUCCAUGGCUGAACUCCUGGUGCAGGAGAAAGAACUGGAGGUCUACCAGAGCAUUGCAGACCUCACAGUGAAGGCAAAAGACCAGGCAGUAUUUAAGUGUGAGGUGUCAGAUGAAAACGUGAGGGGAACCUGGUUCAAGAAUGGUGUAGAAGUCAAGUCUGACACCAGAGUAAAUAUCUCACAUAUUGGCAGGAUCCACAAACUGACCAUUGAUGAUGUCAAACCAGAGGAUGAGGGAGACUACACGUUUGUGCCAGAUGGCCACGCCUUCAACCUCUCUGCUAAACUCAACUUCUUGGAGGUGAAGAUUGAUUAUGUGCCACGCCAAGAUCCUCCUAAGAUCCACCUUGACUGUAUGGGUCGCACUGCUGAUUCAACCAUUGUGGUGGUGGCUGGAAACAAACUGCGUCUAGAUGUCCCCAUCACUGGAGAUCCCGCUCCCACAGUGAUCUGGACCAAACAAGAGAAGGCUAGUUCUGUAAAACCUGAUGGAGAAGAUAACGGAGAACACACAGCCUCUUGGACCCUGAAUGACGGAGGGGUCAUCACAGAAGGAGAUGGUAGGGUCCAUGUGGAAUCCACCAAGGGCCAUUGUAUCUUUACUAUCGAAGGGGCAGAGAGGCAGGAUGAGGGGGUUUAUUCUGUCGUGGUGCGAAAUCCUGCUGGGGAAGAUACUGCUGAUAUAAAUGUGAAAGUUGUGGACGUACCGGAUCCUCCUCAAGCUCCAAAAAUCCUCAGUGUGGGUGAAGAUUCCUGCAUUGUUCAAUGGGAGCCCCCUAAGUUUGAUGGCGGACAACCAAUCAUUGGGUAUGUGCUGGAGAGAAAGAAGCUGAAGAGCUACAGGUGGAUGAGACUGAACUUCGACCCUUACCCUGGAACAACGUACGAGGCCAGGCGCAUGAUUGAGGGUGUCCAGUAUGAGAUGCGGGUCUAUGCUGUCAAUGGCAUCGGCAUGUCUCGUCAUAGUCCUGCCUCACAGCCUUUUGUUCCAGUCGCCCCUACAAGUGAACCUAUUGGACUGUGCGUGGAUGACAUCAAUGACACUUCCAUCACGUUGAAGUGGCGGGCUCCAGAGAGGAUCGGCGCAGCCAUGCUCGAGGGUUACGGGGUUGAGUACUGCAAAGAGGGCACUGAUGAAUGGAUCCCAGCGAUGGAGGGUCUGACAGACAGGACAUCAAUAACGAUCAAAGAUCUCACCACCGGAGACAAACUGCAGUUUCGUGUGCGAGCCUACAACAUGGCGGGACCCAGUGCUCCGGCCACUCUGGCUCAGCCUGUCACCAUCAGAGAGAUAAUGCAACGCCCAAAAAUUUGGCUUCCCAGAAAUCUUCGCCAGACUCUCAUCAAAAAAGUUGGAGAGACUGUGAACAUUGUGAUUCCUUUCCAGGGUAAGCCAAGGCCAAAGGUAAUUUGGAGCAAAGAAGAGGAGCCCCUGAACCCCUCAUUUGCUAGCGUGAGGAACAGCGAAGUAGACACAAUCCUCUUCAUCCGUAAGACAGAGAGAAAACACUCGGGGCAGUAUGACCUCAAGGUGCAGAUUGAGAACGUGGAAGAUACAUCAAAAAUCACACUGCAGAUAGUUGAUCUCCCAGGGCCUCCUGAGGCUCUGAAGAUUGUGGAUACCUGGGGUUUCAAUGUGGCACUUGAGUGGAAGCCACCAAAGGACAAUGGUAAUUGUGAAAUAACUGGUUACACCAUUCAGAAAGCUGACAAGAAGACCAUGGAGUGGUACACAGUCCACGAUCAGUACAGGCGAACACAUUGUGUCGUGUCGGACCUUAUCAUGGGGAAUGAGUAUGUCUUCCGGGUGUUUUCCAUCAACCUGGUUGGUCUCAGUCCAGAUCCCUGCACCACAAAGGACAGUGUAUACAUCCAGAAAACAGGUAUCAUGUAUAAGUCACCCUCCUAUAAGGAGCAUGAUUUCUCGGAGCCUCCAAAGUUCACACAUCCUUUGGUGAGCCGCUCCAUCAUAGCCGGAUACAGCGCCACCCUCAGCUGUGCAGUGCGGGGAAUACCAAAGCCCAAAGUGACCUGGUAUAAAAACAAAAUGGACAUCUCAAAUGAAGCCAAGUACCGGAUGCUCAGUAAGCAAGGUGUCCUGACGCUGGAGAUUCGUAAGCCCUGUCCGUUCGAUGGAGGAGUGUACAUGUGCAAGGCUGUCAACGAUAGCGGAGAGGACACAGUGGAGUGUAAACUGGAGGUUCGCCCUCAAAUAGCAAAAGAAGAAAAGAAAGACGUAAAGAAGUGAGAGGCUCUAGCUGUGACUGACGGGAUGAUGGAUUCCAGCAUGUUGACUGUUUCAUCAUUAAAAACUGUCUGAAUCACAAACUGUCCUACAGUGUAAUCAAUA